AGCUGAAAAAAAGGGUAAAGCGUAAGGUUCGGCAUCUACCCGAUAAUAUCAGGAGAAAAUGGAUCGCUGCUAAAUUUUCUGUAAAAACGAUCAAAGCGAGGGCUGGGCCGAGCCUGCCUAGGAAAUAUCCGAAGAUGGGAGGCUGGAGUGUGUUUGUGACCGGCUGUGUGGGGAUGACAAUUUUCCUUGCACUGCUUGGAGAUUCACUGGCAACUGCACCUGAGUUUGAUCCCUACCAAGUUCUUGGAGUGUCCAGACACACGAGUCAGGGUGAAAUCAAGAAAGUGUACAAGAAGCUUGCCAGGGAAUGGCAUCCAGAUAAGAACAAAAAUCCAGGGGCAGAAGACAUGUUUAUCAAGAUCACUAAAUCUUACGAGAUCCUGUCCAAUGAGGAGAGAAGGGCCAACUACGACCGUUUUGGUCAAAUGGACGAGAACCAAAACUAUGCACGCACACCACAGGGCUUCAGACACUUUCAGGACAGUUUCUACUUUGAUGAAUCUUUCUUUCACUUCCCUCGGACGAGUCGAGAUUUCACAGACAGCAAGCACCUCCUUCAAUACAACCAAUACAUAAAUGAAGUGUUGCCAGAUAGUUUCAAGCGACCGUACCUGAUCAAGAUCACAUCAGAGUGGUGCUUCACUUGCAUCCAUAUUGAACCCAUUUGGAAGGACACUGUGCUAGAGCUGGAGCCACUGGGGGUUGGUAUUGGUAUUGUGGACACUGGCUAUGAGAGACAGCUAGCCAACCAUCUUGGUGCCCACCGCACACCCUCCAUUCUGGGCCUGAUCAAUGGCAAAGUCACUUUCUUCCACUACGCUGUGGUCAGAGAACACCUGAGACAGUUUGUGGAAAGUCUUCUACCCCAGAAACUGGUGGAGAAGGUGACAGAUAACAGCUACCUCGAGUUUUUGAACAAUUGGCAUGAGGAGAAUAAGCCAAGAGUGGUGAUGUUUGAUAUAGCAUCUACAGUCCCUCUUCUGUACAAGCUCACCGCGUUUGCUUAUAAAGACCAUGUGAGGUUUGGCUAUGUGGAUAUGGGUCUGACCGAGACUUCUGAGGUCGUACGGAGGUUCAACAUAAACACAUAUGCUCCCACCAUGCUCCUGUUCAAGGAGAAUACAGAGAAACCUGCAGAUGUUAUACAGGCAAGAGGAAUGAAGAAGCAGAUAAUUGAUGAGUUUGUAUCCAAUAAUCGUUUCUUGCUAGUACCGCGCCUGGUGAAUCAGAAGCUCUUUGAUGAGCUGUGUCCGGUUAAACAGUUUCACCGUCGCAGGAAAUACUGUGUUCUUCUUGUGACUGGGGAAGGGGAAGAGUUUGUGUCAGUGAAUGAGGCUUUCUUUGACUUUGCUUCUUCCAACACCAAAGAAGUUCUGAGGUUUGCUUAUGUUUAUCAGCGACAACAACAACCUCUAUGUGAGACCCUGCUCAAAAAGGAUGACACAGCCCCUCCACAGGUGAUAAUCUUGGAGAGGCGAAGUGUUACAGGAAGGGUGUUGUAUCGGACAGUGACGGGUGGCUGGAAUGGUAGUGAUGAUGAUAAGCACCGCCUCCAUGAACAGCUGGAGCUCCUGCAAAAAGACCCCUCCUACCUUACCCAUGAUGCAAUGCUCCCCGAACUCAACAAUGAGUUUGCUUCUAUGUUUCUAAUUCAGUGGAUGAACACUGCAUAUGAUUACCUCUCUCAGUUUUACUUUGAUCUUCUCUACUCUAACUGGCGAGAGAUGAUGCCUGUGCUAUCCCUGAUCUUCUCAGCUCUUUUCAUCCUGUUUGGGACUGUGAUCAUUCAGGCCAUCAGUGACUCUGGUGAAGACAAACCAGCCAAACAAAAGACCGCUGAGUCACCAAAGACCGAUGAGAGCUCUUCUUCUCGAGGACCAGAGAGCACUACGAGUCGUCCACCUAAGAAGAAUUUUGUGGAGGUGACAGAGUUGACAGACAUAACCUACACUAGUAACCUGGUCAGGUUAAAGCCUGGUCAUAUCAACGUAGUGCUGAUCCUCACUGAUGCUUCUAAACAAGUGCUGCUUAGGAAGUUUGCCAAAGAAGUGUACUCGUUCUCAGGGUCUCAGACUCUCCACUACUCCUUCUUAAACGUGGACAAACACAGCCAGUGGAUGGACUCGCUCAUGGAGGCGGCUCCUGAUGCCAGGCCUUCAGACUGCCUAGAUGAAGAGGAAGAUGACACCGCCUCACACAAACCAGACUAUACUGGCCAUGUCCUGGCACUCAAUGGCCACAAGAAAUACUUCUGCAUUUUCAGACCUGUGUUUACAGGGGAGUUAGCCGAGUGUAGCAGGUCGUCCGACGAAGAUGGGGCGGUGGCCGGGCCAAGCAAAGGAGCAAGAUCCCGGUCCAGUUCCCGGCGGAGGGCCACCUCUCUGGAGAUCCACCAUAAACUGGACCGACUGGGUCUGUGGAUGGAGAGGCUUCUGGAGGGAACUCUACCCAGGCAUUACGUUCCAACCUGGCCCGGUCUGGCCACCAUAACACCCCAGAAAUAAGACUCCUAAUUGUCCUAAGGCCCACCCAGGCAGUGGCUCAGGACUAUUACAGGAGGCAUGCUGUAGUGAUGUGAAAGAUGUUGGAUUCUGAUGAUCAACAUUUUUUCUCUCUGAGUUACUCGGUUACUUUGAGCGAUAUUAAGUUAUUCUGUAAAACGCACUGGUUAUGAAUAGAGGUUGUCUUUAUUUGGAGCACCAUGUGCUCAUCAGCUGCUUUAGAGGUGAAAACGCCUCACUUUCUGUAACAGUUGCUUGCUAGCAUGGCUGUUUCUUUAGUGUAUGGAUGCUUUUCUGAAUCCCAGAUAAAGCCACUCUGUGUAGCUUCAGAAGCAGCUCAUCUUAAAAUCACCUUUUAGCCUCUUUUAAAAUAAGUCACUAUUUGGAUUAUAGAAAUGAGAAAGUGUGUGGGGAAAGUGUCAACCCACUCUCUUUAUGCAAAAUCUCAUACAGAAUUUCCUAAACUAAACCGUUCUGCAUGAAGACUUGAGACAUUUUGAAGACUUGAGGUUCUUUAGUAGAUACUUACUGCCAUUUGUGCAUGUUCUGCCUUUCCUUAAAUCCAACAUUUCUUUGUUAUGUCUUUUGUUUCAUGUUUUGCACUUUCAAGACUUGCUUUGGGUUUUUUUAUUUAGAAACUACAUGGUACAGAUUAGCUGUGUUACUAAUAUUUUAAGGAAUAUUCCAGGUUUAAUUCAAGUUAAGCUCAUUUUGGCAUAAUAUCGAUUAAGAACAUUAAAAUAAUAAAAAGGUUUAACCAUAAGACAUAAACAAUAUGCAUGUAAACAUGAUUUUAGUGUGAUAAUAUAACUAACCUUUUCUGUACAAUGCAUUAGUUUUAACAGAAUAAUUAAUGUAAGUGCUAUAAUAAACUUAUAAGCUUCAAAUUCCGGCCUUUAAACCCUCCAAAAAUUGGCCACAUUCACUGUCCAUGUAAAUGCCUCACUGUAAUCUUGAUUGCUUCUUUUUUAAGAAACGGAGGGAUGAGUUGUAAUACAUUUUUGUGGUAAUCAACAUUAUGCCACAAAUGCUGUCGACUGAGCUGAACUAGUUUUGAACCUGGAACAUUCCUUUCUAACUGCAUCUGUAAUAUUACUAUCAAAUGAACACUUUCUAGAUCCUCAAUUGGCAUUUUCUUUUAAGAAAAUGCCUAUUUAUUUUUAUGUUGCACUGUUUG